UCUGCGAUCAGAUUAACUGUAUACCUUUUCUGGUUUCUGGUUUCACCGCUCGGGUUCCAAGAGGAAGAAAGUGUCUUUACGUGUUUGUAAUUCAAGGUUCCACUACACUGAAUUGAUACCAGCUAAAAGUGGAUUUACUUAAGCAAAUUGAAAACAUUUUAAGACUAACUCGUGUGUCAAUUUCGGUCAGUAACUGCAUCCUCGGAGUCGGGCCAUGGCACUCGAACCAAGGAAACGCCGAGCUACAGCCAAACCAUCGGUCAUAGACUUCUCAGACUCAGAGGAUGAGGAUCUGAAACCUAAAAAGCGCACCAGAAGAAAUUACUCUGAUGAUGAAUAUUGCCAGCCUUCUGAGGAGCCUCCUAGAAGGACUCGUGCCCCUGCCCAACCCAAGGAGCGCACAGAACGUAGACCUGCAGUUAAAGCUAGCAAACCUAGAGGAACUGCUACGACUGACAAAGAAUAUUCUAAACCGAAGGUUACAAGAAAGGCAACUGAUCCUGAGAAUGAUUCUGAAAGUUCAAGGCAUGGGAAGUACAUGUCAGAUAAUGGCAGUGAUGGUGAGGGUGAUGCCGGCACUGCCGGCUUGCGUCUGGAAGAACCUCAUAGUAGUGACAAGCGUGGAAUGGACUCGAUGCCAGGUUCAUCAACAGUGAGAAUGGAAUGGAACGAGUCAGAUCUGUUAGCACAAACUGCAGGGCUCGAUGACUGGGUAGCAAGAAACCUGGUGAAACUCUUUGAAGACGACAACACCAUUCCAUUUAUCGCUCGUUACAGGAAAGAAAUGACCCGAAACAUGGAGCCAGAGCAGCUGCGACAUGCAAAGGAAACAUUUGAAGAAAUUAAACAUAUUCAGCAUAAAGCUGCCACAAUGUUAAAGUCCAUCGAGAAACUUGGGAAAUUAACCUCAGACAUAAGGAGGUCCAUUGUCUGUGCCCGGAGCUUAAAUGAACUUGAUUUGAUUAAUACACCAUUUAAAACAGGAAGUAAAAGAACUCUUGCUGAGCGAGCUCGCCAGUUGGGCUUAGAUGAUGCUGCUCGAACUAUUAUGGAUGGGUCCGAGCACGUUUCACUGUCUCAAUUCGUUGUGAGGGACAAGGAUGGCCUGAGAGACAUCAGUGAAGUUCAAACAGGAGUUCAACACAUAAUAGCUGACAUUAUAAGCAAGGACAGAAAUGUUUUGGAUCUAGUAUCUGAUUUGAGAAAGUCGUCAAACAUUCGCCUCGAAAGCACCAGAGCAAAGGGUACAGUGGCCAAAGAGAUGGCCAAGGGCCAUGAUAAGGAGAAGUCUGCUGCAAAAGUAAAAUCAAUGACUGCAUCUGAGAAGCAGAAACUUCAGGCCAAAGUGGAUGAGGAGAGUAAAUAUCGUAACUAUUUUGAGUUUAACAUGAAUGUUAAAUUUAUCAAGCCUCACCAGGUUCUGGCCAUAAAUCGCGGGGAAAACCAGAAAGAGCUUACUGUCCGCGUUAUUGUUCCAGACGUAGUUUUGGAUAAAUUGAUGUCAUUUUGUCACAGAAAUUGGCUUUCUAAAGGAUUGCAGUAUGAGCUUCGAAGCUCAUUGAUAACAGAAAGUGUUAAAGACUCUUAUUCUCGUCUCAUUCAGCCUCUUAUUACGAGACAAGUUCGAUCAGAACUGAACCAGAGUGCAGAAAGAGCUUCUAUUGAGGUCUUUGCUGCCAACCUGAAAAAACUGCUUUUAAUGCCACCGUUCAGAGGACGUAAGGUACUUGCUAUUGACCCAGGUUUCCGGAAUGGUUGCAAGGUGGCCCUUCUCAACCAGUCUGGAGAUGUCCUAGAAGUUGGUCUUAUCAAUCUCAAUUGCGGUAGGCGAACUUGGGACAUAAGAGAUGAUGGGGAUGCCCAAUGGAUCAGGGAAAUAUUGUUGAAGCACAGGUGUGACGUUGUUGCGGUGGGGAAUGGAACCGCCUGCAGGGAAACUGAAGAGUUUUUAAGUGAACUGAUACAGAAAGGAUUUUUUAAACCUUUAGAUGUAUCAUACACUAUUGUAAAUGAGCAAGGUGCUAGUAUUUAUUCCUGCUCUGAGGAAGCUAAAAACGAGUUUCCAGACAUGGAUCCAAAUUUCAUCAGCGCAGUAUCUCUUGCAAGAAGAUUGCAAGAUCCCUUGGCAGAACUGGUAAAAGUAGAACCAAAGCAUUUGGGUAUUGGCAUGUAUCAACAUGACUUAUCAGAAAAGAAACUCUCUAACACACUAGAUGAAAUUGUUGUGGAGUGUGUCAGUUUUGUUGGAGUUGAUCUGAACACUGCGCCUCACUGUCUUCUGAGGCGUGUUGCUGGUCUUAAUUCAUCCAAAGCCACCAAAAUUUUAGAACAUCGUCAGAAGCAGGGGCCCUUCUUGACAAGAGAUGAUAUUAAAAAAGUGAAAGGCAUUGGUGGCAAAUCAUUUGAACAAUGUGCUGGGUUCAUAAGAAUUCUUCCUCAGACUAUUGGAAAUAGGAAUGCAGUUGCUAAAUGUAAUCCUUUGGACAGAACGUGGAUUCACCCGGAAUCUUACAGCUUUGCAUCCCGAUUUUUGUCUUAUUGUGAUGUUUCGUUGGAUGACAUUGGGUCUCCUGAAGCAAUAAGAAAUAUAGCCAAGGCUGUAGACAGUGCUGGAGGUAUUGCAUCUUUAGCAGCCUUGCUGGAUACAAAUGAAGCCACUUUGAAACUUGUUGCCGAUGGUCUCCAAAUGCCCACAAACCACGAUCUUAGAUCAGAAUUUGAAAAGCCACUAUUUCGGAAAGGGUUAACUUCCAUCAAUGCAUUGCACAGUGGUGACAUACUCACUGGGAGGAUUACAAAUACAACCCACUUCGGGGCUUUUGUGGAUAUUGGAGUGGGCCAAAACGGACUAAUACACAACAGUGGUAUGGGUGGAAAGCAUCCACAGUUUGGUGAGAAAGUCCAGGUAAAGGUAUUGAAUGUGGAGCGUGCUAGGCAGCGUAUAGGCCUUCAACUGUUGGCAAUAUUAUGAUCACUUUUUGACCUUGUUGAAUGUGAUAUUCUGCUGAUAACUUUUUCCCAAGGAAAAGUAUUUUUUCCUAACUUGAUUAUGAUUUGGUUUACCAUAUUAUGUACGUAUUUUCAUACAUAGGUGAAAUUAAAACAGUGAAAGUUUAUAUCACUCCUUGUCGCCACUUAGGUAUUGCCCUGGUGGAAGGAAAAAUAAAUUUAGUUUUCCACUGAA